AUGGCAUUGUUUCACGUAAUCAAGGCGGUGUUCAUGAUGAUUUUGCUGCAAGUGGAACUCCAAACGUCAGUCGAUGCCGCUAUAGCAAGAGUAACCCAAACUGAGCAAGUUCCGAGGCCGACAAGAGCAUGUCCAUUGUCACCCUAUGCAACGUUCCUAACGAGAGAGCAGCAGGAAACGCUUCAUGAACUUGUAGUGGAAGCACGAGGACAAGGAGCCAAUGAGCAGAUGGUCAAGUCAUACAUAGACAAAUACAUUAGCAAAGUCUUACCGCCCAGAAGGUAUAUGGAGUUCCAGCAAGCGUUCCAACUAUUUCAAGCAAAUCGUCGUGGCAAACGAAGUCCACAAGAGAAGAAGCUUCCCAGAAAAGUUUUCGACCUGAUCGAUCAGUAUUCUGGAAAUAACGACGUCAACUAUGCGGAAUUCUACAAGGAGAAUGUACGAAAUUUGAAGCGGGUCUGA